AUGCGGUUGGCCCACCUCAUGAACGAUCCUGCGCGACUGGAAAAAGUCAAACGACAACCGGCCACCCUGUCGCAUAAAAUGCAGUUUCCCAAAGCUCUGACUGAGAAAGUCGCCGUGGAAGGCGUGUGCACCUACGCGUUUGACCCCGUGCGACCACCCAACGACCUGACGAUCGACCUUAGCUCAUCCAACAUCACGUUUUGUCAGUAA